AUGGAGAAGACAGAAGCCGUGCAGGAAGUGGCACCUGAGCCAAAGGCCCGAAAAGAGCACAAGAAGGAGAAGAAGGAAACCGCGGGUCUCAGCCCUGAAGAGCUUAAGGAACUCGAAGACCUCAAGCAGAAGAUCAUCGAGGAGAAGGCAAUCCUCAAGGAGCAGGGCAUGAGCGGCGGCCAGAUCAACAAGAACGAGAAGAUUGUGGCGAUGGUGACACGCCUGAAUGAGCUGAAGGAGAAGCAGGACCCUGGCAGCUCCAAGAAGGAGAAGGAUGCAAAAAAGGACUCCAAAAAGAAGACCCCACUUAGUGCGGAAGAGCAGAAAGAGUAUGUUCAGCUGCAGGGCGACAUC